AUGUCCAACAGCAGCUCCAUCAGCCACUUCCUCCUGCUGGCACUGGCAGAGACGCGGCAGCUGCAGCUCCUGCACUUCUGCCUCUUGCUGGGCAUCUCCCUGGCUGCCCUCCUGGGCAACGGCCUCAUCAUCAGCGCCGUAGCCUGCGGCCACCACCUGCACACGCCCAUGUUCUUCUUCCUGCUCAACCUGGCCCUCAGCGACCUGGGCUCCAUCUGCACCACUGUCCCCAAAGCCAUGCACAAUUCCCUCUGGGGCACCAGCACCAUCUCCUACACAACAUGUGCUGCACAGCUCUCUUUCUUUCUGCUCUUCAUCUCAGCAGAGCUUUCCCUCCUGACCAUCAUGUGCUACGACCGCUACGUGUCCAUCUGCAAACCCCUGCACUACGGGACCCUCCUGGGCAGCAGAGCUUGUGCCCACAUGGCAGCAGCUGCCUGGGCCAGUGCCUUUCUCAAUGCUCUCAUGCACACGGCCAAUACAUUUUCCCUGCCCCUGUGCCAUGGCAAUGCCCUGGGCCAGUUCUUCUGUGAAAUCCCACAGAUCCUCAAGCUCUCCUGCUCCAAAUCCUACCUCAGGGAACAUGGAUUAAUUGCUGUUAGUGCCUGUUUGGCAUUUGGUUGUUUUGUGUUCAUUGUUUUCUCCUAUGUGCAGAUCUUCAGGGCUGUGCUGAGGAUCCCCUCUGAGCAGGGACGGUACAAAGCCUUUUCCACCUGCCUCCCUCACCUGGCUGUGGUCUCUCUGUUCCUGAGCACUGCAGCGUUUGCCAAUCUCAAGCCCCCCUCCAUGUCCUCCCCAUCCCUGGAUCUGGCCCUGUCAGUUCUGUACUCGGUGGUGCCUCCAGCCCUGAACCCCCUCAUCUACAGCCUGAGGAACCAGGAGCUCAAGGCUGCAGUGAGGAGACUGAUGACUGGAUGCUUUCAGAAGCAUUAAACUGCUGGCCAAUUUCUGCAAAUCACUUGUAAUAAAAGUCAACUUUGAUACUU